UAGUACUUCAAAAAUGGCCAACUCCACUCUCAAUCUCAAUCUCAAUCUCAAGCUCCUCUUGUUCUUCGUCACCAUUUCAAUCUUAACACCACAAGCACUCUCACAAUCCAAUGAAUGCAACAGUGUUGAGUCCAACUCUUGCAACAACAAAGCCAAAGCAUUACCUCUCAAAAUCAUAGCAAUUGUGUCAAUACUUGUUACUAGCGUAAUUGGUGUCACAGCACCACUACUCUCCCGUUCGAUCCCGGCUCUGAGCCCAGAUCGAAACCUGUUUUUGAUCGUUAAGGCGUUUGCGUCUGGGAUUAUACUGGCAACCGGGUUCAUGCACGUAUUACCGGAUUCUUUUGACAUGUUAUGGUCUAAUUGUUUGAAGGAGAAUCCAUGGCACAAGUUUCCUUUUACAGGGUUUGUGGCAAUGUUCUCUGCAAUUGUUACACUAAUGGUUGAUUCCAUGUCGACUAGUGUUUAUAUGAAGAAGAUGAAUAAUGGUGUAGUAGUCGUUCAUGCUGAGAGUACUAGUCCUAGUACUACUACUAGAGAGGGAGAUAGAGAGAUGGGUGCAGUGAAUUUUGGACAUCACAACCAUCAGCAUCAAGCGAUGAUGAAGACUGGAACCGGAGAUUCACAGCUUCUACGUUGCCGUGUCAUUGCGAUGGUACUAGAACUAGGAAUUGUUGUACAUUCAGUGGUGAUAGGACUUUCUCUAGGGGCCUCAAGCAACACUUGCUCCAUUAAAGGCCUUGUAGCUGCUCUCUGCUUCCAUCAAAUGUUUGAAGGAAUGGGUCUUGGUGGUUGCAUUCUCCAGGCAGAGUAUGGUUUGUUGAAGAGAAUGGUGAUGGUGUUCUUCUUUUCUGUGACAACCCCAUUUGGAAUUGCUCUUGGAAUUGCAUUGUCAAGUACAUACAAGGAGAACAGUCCAACUGCACUGAUCACUGUUGGACUGUUGAAUGCAUCAUCUGCUGGACUUUUGAUUUACAUGGCUUUGGUUGAUCUUCUAUCACAAGAUUUCAUGGGUACAAAGUUGCAGGGAAGCAUUAAGCUCCAGAUCAAGUGUUACAUUGCAGUCCUUUUGGGUGCUGGUGGCAUGUCUCUCAUGGCUAAAUGGGCUUAACAUGUCCAACUUUUGAUGUAAUAAAUUUGGUGUACACUUUCACUUUAAAGUUCAAAGUUUGUUGAUGUUUGAUAUCUGGU